AUGUACGAGUCGUUGGGACCGUGCAAAUGCGUCAAUGUGCCAAUGGCAGCAUUGACUGCUGUACAGUCUGCGCAACUUUUCUUGAAGCGCAUGCACCGUCCUCUACGACCUUGCGACUUGGAGCAGGGCGCGCCUGCCCAUGGAGCCAUAGUGAGAAGCGAGGAGAUACUGCACAAGCUGGCAAGGCAUCCAUUGCUGUUGCAGCUUGCAGGCAACCCGGGUCAGGUUGAUGCCAUCUGCCAGAGGGUCACCUCGGAACACUUGGAAAUACUUCUUUAG